GUUAGAAAAAGACAGAGGAGGGAGAGAGCACCAGAGAAAGCGAGAGCGAGAGCGCGUGCGACAGAGAGAGAGGACAUGCGCUGGCCAGAGCGGCGCUCUCUGCCUCAGCCCCGUCACUGACCCGCAUCUGGAGGAACCAUGGUGAGCAAAGAGGUUGGUAAAUGCAUGCUCACCAACUCUGAAUCGGACUCUGAGGUGCCACCCUCUAUGGCACUGGAGGUAAAAGGACCGCCGGAUGGGAGUCGGCAGGUGCGCAAGCGUAACAAAGCCUUGCAGGUACGCUUCAAGGACAUCUGUGAGGCCCAGAGCGAGCAGGCAGCUGCUGCACGGGGAGCAAAACCUGUCACGUACAAAGUGGCGUACCGCAAGUACAUGACAGUUCCGGCUCGAAGAUCCAUACCCAAUGUGACUAAAAGCACUGGAGUCCAGACCUCUCCGGACCUAAGGAAGCGCUACCAGACUUUCCCAAUGGAGAGAAAAAAGGGUCAAAGCGUGAAACAUGCAGCUACAGCAGAGAGCUAUAAGGACCAGGACAAUGGAUUUGUUAUUGAUGUUAAGAGGGCGAAAGCGGCUGAGGGGGAAAGGGAAGAGAGGUCGUCUCACACCGUACAAAAGACCAAAGCUUUGAUGCACACAAAUGAGUGCAUAGCCACCAUAGAGCACCACUCACAUGCUGCAGAGUGUACAGACAGGAUACUGUUGCCCUGUCCCUCAGAGGACCAAUCAAAUUACCAGAUCUGUACGGUGAAGAGCAAACAUCGAAAGAGCUUCCAAAGGGAUUCAGAGUCACUGGACCGCUCAGGAAAAUAUCAAAUAAUAAAUUCUGAGGACAGAGAUGGCAGUACACUGCCAAACUCUAGCUCCAAAUUGACAAGCCCCAUAGCCUGGAACUCCUUAACACAGGUGGAGUGUCUGGAGAGUCCGACAGCACGCAGUAAACGCAAAAAGGUUUUGCAGCUAAAUGGUCUGCAAUCACAGACACUGCCGAGGACUAGCUGCACCACACAAGUGCAGUGUCAUGCUGGAAUGAUCUCUGCUCGGCCCAUACAGGCAAUGGAAGAAGCAGCAGUGGCAUCGGUUGCUGCUGCCCCAACUACCGCUUUACCAUCCAAAUGUGAGCCUGGGACAAGAACAGGGAAUCUACAGGUGGAUCGAGAGGCAUGCAAGCAGAUAGUGCCUGUGAAUCAGGAUAAGGAUGUAAAAGAACAGCUGCAAGCCAGGGAGAACAUGAUCAGCUCCAGUCAGGAAACCAUCAAAGUCCUGCUGGGAGUCAUUCAGGAGCUGGAGAAAGGAGAGGCUCACAGAGAAGGUCUCUCCUAUCGGACCGGGCAGGACACGGCCAACUGCGACACAUGCCGGAACAGCGCAUGCAUUAUUUACAGUGUGGAGUUGGACUUUAAGCAGCAGGAGGACAAGCUACAGCCGCUGAUGAGGAGGUUGUGCUCAGUAGAGGACUCGUCCUUCCCCUCGCUGCCUUACCCUCAGGAGGCCUACACCUCCACGCCCAAGCGCAAGGCCAAAGCAGAGGCCAAGAAACACACACGCUGGAAACUGUGGUUCCUCUGAACACACUGCGCUGCAGGACACACACACACACUUUUCGGCAUCGUCCCUGUUGUCAUCUGUCUCAUUUCCA